ACUGUGAAAUUUUAAUGAUAGCCUCAGAUACUGUUCUAACACAAGAACAUUAUAAUUUAUUGCUCAAACAGCACACACGUUACAAUACAGAAGUAGCUGGUGAAGCCUUCCACUCUGGCCUCUAUACUCGUUAGUUCCAACAGAGGUCCAGUCAGCAGGCUGUGCAUGCAACUGCCAUCAUAUUAGCAGUCCAAGUGAUCUCUAUGACCAAAUCCAGCACAAACUCCACACAUAGACUACGAAGCAGUGCACAUACUAAGUUCAUAGUUACAGCCCUCCUCUUCCUUUGUGAAGAAGUGAGCAUGGUGCUCGUAUCCAUUUCUUGUGGUCGAUGUAGGUUGUUAAGUCAUGUGACGCACAGCCAUCCGUACAUAGGGUCAGAAGUGGUGUGAUCGUGGACAGGUGUGGUGCCAGCCCCCAUCUCCCGUGAAAGACUUUAUGGUAGGACAGAUGAUGCUGGCGCAGCUUCCUUUUUCACUUCAGAGUCCAAUCCCAGGGAAGGAGGUUGCAGCGAAGGUGGCAGAACAGGCGGCGACGGCUACAAUGGAGGGAGCAGUGGCAGAGGUGUUGGCUGCGACAGUGCGUGAGAUGAACUCCUUCCAGCUGCAGGAGACAUCCACAGCAGAGGAGACAGUUGUGAAAACGUUGGCAGUGGCAAUGGAGAAGGGUGAUGGUCAAUCUGUAUCUCCUGUACAUGAACAUGAACGUGUCAAACAAUCUGCCAGACGUACUACAUCAAGCCCAGUUUUGAAUGAAAAACACGGUUCCUUGGUAGAAGUUGAUCCAAAGAUUGCUUAUCAACUUGUUGAGCAGGUGCGAGUGCAGACACAGCUAUCAUAUGAUCUGUCACGAGUGGCAGUAACAACGGUGGUUAGUGGUCUGUGCCCUCUAGUGGAAGCCACUUGCCGGCCAAAGCUGCGUUCUCUGCUAGCAGCAGUGCAGGGGCCACUGUCGGCACCUCGGGCUGUACUUGCAGAAACCCAUGAUGCUUAUCGCCUUCGUGUCAUCUUCUCUGAGCUUACUUCAUGCAAGAAUGACUCUCAGCAGCGCAGCUGGUCACUGCAUGAAGAUGAAGCUGUCAUCUGUGAUUAUCUUGAUGAGCUCAUCAACAUAUUGAAAAAUGCAGAUGUUGCAGUGUCACAGCUCAUGCUCUCUGCUGACCGCUAUCAGAGUGUGUUGACUUUGGUAGAGUUCUGCCAAAUGGAAGUGCGUUGGUCGAUCAGACAACGGCUGCUGCGUGCCUUUGGUCUUGUCUGUGGACUGGAUGCAGGGGCUCUCUCACUCAUGCUUAACUCUGUUCUGCCUUCUGAAUUGGCCAGGUACAUGAAGAGCAGUUCUUACAAUGUUCCCUGCCUGACACUCUGUGCUGUACUCCUGUCUAUGCUUUUCUCGAUGGGUGAAGCCAUGCCUGUUACACAUCUUGAACACUUGGGUCAGGAAUUUGUGCUGUUUCUGUCGAAUAUUGUGGAGAACCCUCCAGAAACAGAUGUUGAGGAAAAACUACCUGACUUGAUGGUGAAUGUUCUGUUGUCUUACAAUCUCCAGUUCUCCAACUCAGCUGAAAACAUUCUGCUAAAGGCACUUUCAGAGCUUCCUGUUGCAAAGACUUUUACAGAGAAGAUUCUCUUUCUACUUAAUAGGGAAGAGGAUCCUGUACGCGUAUUUGAACAUCAGCCAGCUCCUCCACACUCAGUACUUAAGUUGUUUAAAGAUCUUUUCAGUCUUGAAGUGACAGCAGCACUUUUUUACACAAAUGAUGUUAAAGUUCUGAUUGAUAUAAUUGUACGGCAGUUGGCAGAUCUUUCACCUGGUGAAAAGCGUCGCCAGCAAUAUUUGCAACUAUGUAGACUUGUGAUGCGGAAUACAGCGUAUGAACAACACCACCACCGACUGGAUGACAUUCGUAAAUGCUUUACUCGCAUCUUUUGUGAAGAGUCAGAUCUGAGCUGUGAUGACCAACAACUUGUGAGAGACAUCUCCAAUGAAUUUCCCCAGUAUUUUAAGGCAUAAUGUAUACUCUUUUUAAACAAACAUCAUUUCUGUAAGCUGUGCCAAAUAUGCAUAAUUAAUUGCUGGUAUUUACAUUUUCACAAUGAAAGUAGCUAGUUAUACAUCAGCUGUGACAGGGGCAGCUCAUUAGGAUGGGCUUUGGCACAUUUUUAAAUAUUUGAUUCUGUCCAUGUCUUCCAUUACAAUCUAAAAAUAGUAUGCAUUAUUCUAUUUCAAUUCAGAAGAAGACUAUUGCAGUAUCCUUAAUUGCACAGUUUAGUGUGUAAUUAUAGAAAGACUAUUUGAAACUAUAGAUCUAAAUAUUUUUUGUGUGCCUUCAGUCUGAUAUUUGUGAUUCCAAAUCACAUAUGUUGGUAAAAAGUAUUUUAUAGAUACUUAAAUCUACGUCGCUGCCAGGUAGUCAUAUUAUUGUCUGUGAUCCAAUAUCUUUGAGGUACAAAUGAAGGUCUUAGUAACAUUUUCAGCACUAGGUAGCAAUCAAUCUGUUUUUAAUAAUUAAUUAUUUUGUCUCUGAUAUGCAAGCUAUUUAUAAAAACCUAAAUUUUGUCCUUUAUUGUAUUUGAAACUGUGAAUGAAUAUGCAAACAUUGUGAACUUAUAAAAAUGAAUAUCUAAAUGUUAUGUUUUAAUUGCUGAUUUCGAGGAAUUGUUUCAUUGGGUAAAUACCUUCGUGAUGCUCAUUAUUUUCCUGCUUGAUACCAAAAUGGUGCUGAAGAAUGUCUGUCCCACAUGGCUGUGGAAAAUUUCCAUAAAAUAACUGCAUUUGAAUAGGACCUAGAUGUUUAAGUGUACUUCAUGGCAACACAUUUUUUGAACAAUUAUUUGACUUUUACAUAAUAGAUAAGUAGAAGAUGGUUUUUUCAUAUAUAUAUAUAUGCAUGCAUUGAAUAUAUAAAGUAAAUUUGAGCCCAAAGAAUUUAAAUCAGCCACACACCUGCAGAAUGCUAUGUAUGAAAUUUUUUAGAACUUUUAUGAGGAGUUUAUUUAUUU